AUGGCUGAUCUCCUAGCUCCAUCAGCUCGCGGUGCAGCCUCCAAUGCCACGCCAUCCGCAGACCAUCUCACUGGCACAAGCGGGCUUGCAGUGGGAUUAUGCGUUGCCAUGGUCCUCGUGUUUAUCUUUGGGUUCCAUGUUAUGAAAGGACGGAGUUUUCGAGCCGCGGCUGGACAUGCUCUGCCAGCGUCGCACGAGCGUGCAGUCGUUCUGACCCGCGAGGCUUUGAACACGUUGCCCACAGUCAGAUAUCGCAUGCUUCCACCGCGCAACUUCAUGUCCGAUCUAGAGAGACAGCCCUGCGGCAUCACAUCAAUUACCGAUCAGCUCUGUUCCAUUUGUACAGAGCCCUUUCUCGAUGACGCCGAGCUUCGCAAACUGCCUUGUAGCCACGCGUUCCACGACAAUUGCGUGGAUCCGUGGCUGCUGAGACGGUCCGCAACUUGUCCCCUCUGCCGUCGCGAGGUGGCCACAAGACUCCGAAUAAGCAAUCCCAAAUUACCCACGCAACCUUCCAGAAUGUUGUCGACUCUUAGACGAUUGGAGGUUUCUCCAGUGGGACCGGCUCUCACAAAUAUUCCGAGCAUCCAGUCGCGGGGUCUCGGAUCAUCCUGGGUUGCGAGGACAGCGGUGCUUUUACGCCCUCCCCCAGCACUUUCGUCAAUUCCGGAGGCAUUGAACGAGGAGGCCGCGGUGGGAGGUUAUAUGGCCGCAAGCGGUUGGAAUCGAUAA